CAAGUCUUUCAACAAAUUGAUUCAUCAAUGGCCGAGAUCCCGUACACGUGCAAGCGAACCGUGGUGAGCACGAAGCCCGUCCAACCGGGGAAGCGCUUCCCCUUGUCGGUCCUCGACCGCCUGAUGGAGCCGAGGCACCUGAGGAUCGUGUACUACUACCGGUCCGGCAACCCGGGCAGGAAAGCAGGGGAAUGGACCAGGACGCUGAGGGAGAGCCUCGCGAGGACGCUCACGAGCUUCCCCAAAGCGACCGGGCGUCUGCAGCGGGACGGCGAAGGGCGGUGGGAGAUCGAGUGCAACGACGCGGGGGUGAGGGCGGUGGAGGCUCGCGCCAGAGGAAGCGUCGAGGAUUGGCUGCGGAACGCGGAGAGGGAGGACGAGUUGAGGCUGGUCCACUGGGAGGAGAUGUUUGACGCUCCAUAUUUCUGGUCCACCUUCUAUGUUCAGAUGACUGAAUUUGAAGGAGGUGGGUUUGCUAUUGGAUUGAGCUGCAUCCAUCUCCUGGCUGAUCCAAUCUGUGCCACCAUGUUCAUCAAGGCUUGGGCAGACAUGACUCUCAAAGCCCAAUUGGCUGCUCCACCAUUGUUCCACCCGCUCCCGAAACGACAACCCGGCCACCAAAACGAACCCAACCACAACACCUCUUUGAUCAACCACUACAAGUCCUCCAUCAACACGCCGAGCCCCGCCCCCGGCGCAAAGUUCGCCACUCUCUCUCUCUCAUUCGCCGAGCCCAUCGUCCGAUCAUGCGUCGCCGCGGCCCAGCCCGUGGACCAGCACGUCCACUGGCCGGGCCUGUCGCCGUUCAAGGCGCUGGCCGGGCUCUUUUGGGCCUGCAUAAGCAAGGUGAGGGGAAACAGAGAGGGCCUUGUGAGCAUGUGUUUGGGCCUAGAUGUGAGAAAACUUUUGGGCCUUGAAAGAGAGUUCUUUGGGAACUGCAUGGUCUACAGUAAUAGUCUUCACGCGGGAGAUAACGAGGAAGACAAUAGUUUGCCAGGAGCAGCUAAGGCCAUAGGAGAGAUCAUGGCGAAAUUGGACAAGAAUGGGGUCAUGGAUCUAAUAGGGUGGUUAGAGCUUAACGACAUUAGCCAUCCCGAGAGUGCUAGAUCCCUUAACUUUCCGGAGCUGCUAUUUCUUAAUCUGGAGGGCAUUGGACCUCAUACGGCCCGUUUUGAACACGCCCAUUCACCGAUUCAGGUCUCCUGUUAUUUCGAGCCACCGUGCGGACAAGGACAGGUUGUGAUCCUUCCUUCUGCAACAGAAGACGCGCCAAUGAGCCGGGUGGUCAUGGUGACGCUUCGGGAGGAUGAACUGGCGAAGCUUUUGGAGGAUGAUCUUCUUAAGAGCUUCAGCCCUACCAUUUUAAUGGGAGUGAACAGGAACAGAGCUUGACUAGUCCAGACUCAAGAGUCAGGAGCGAGCGCUCCUAAGUCAUCUCUAGUUUUCAGUUUCCAUACAAGUUCAUAGAAGUACUCACUUGGAUCAAAACUAGAAACAUGUCAUUGUCAUUUUCACUCUACUUGUGAAAUAAUUUGGGCUGUG